GUUCCACACAAGUACACAACCCCAUCUGCCUCUGCCAAAAUAUAUAUUUAACAAAUAAAUAAAUAAAACGCAAACACUGUCAGUCAUUAAAACCAUUUUAUUAUUUUUCUAUUUUAUUGAGCAUGUUUGCUGUCCCGUCAGUUCCGCUCUUUCUCUUCCUAUAGCUAUAACUAUGGAUCCGUUUGCUUGUUAGACUUUUUGAGGGAUCAAGUGGUCAGAGAAAGUGAAAGUUUUGUGGUGUUUUCUUUUCUUUCCUACUGUUCAUCUUUCUUUUUCUUUUUUGGCUUUGGCUGCGGUCCUCAAAACCCUAUUACUCAUACUACUACUUCUACUAGUACUAUUACUACUGGUGUUUCAUUCUACCACAAAACCCAAUCCCAAUCUCAAUCUACAGAAAUGCAGUUCUCCCUCUCUGGCUUGGCUCUUUAUUAAUUACAGCUUUGAAUUUUGGUUGGAGUUGCUCUUGGUGUUGUACUAUAAUAACUCAAGGGACUUGCUGCUUUAGAACUGAAAGGAUAUCUAGAUGCUGCUGUAUGCAUUGCAUACUUCAUUUUGUGAUCUGUAGCCAUGUUGUGAAAAGCAGCCUGUGAUUUUUGAGAUGGAAUCGUCAACAAUAUUUAUUCAAUAAGCUCAUAUCCUACAAAAGGUUGGCUGUCAUUACUGUCUCGGAGUUUCUUUUUAACAGGAACCUCAUGGAUCUCCUUGAUAUAAAGGCAAGUGAAAUAGAAAACAAUGUUGGGCACCCUUCUUCUCCGAAGAAGCCUAUUCUUGUGGGGAAGGGGAAUAGCAUCUGUGACAAUGAAUUAACCAAUGCAAGUGUUGGGCUGCAGAAACAAGGGUAUGAUGAUCAUGAAAUUAAUAGUUGCAAAACUGAAAAUUUGCAAGGAAUUGAAAGGAAUGAUCACCUUUCUUCCUCAGAUUGUACAAAGGAAACUAUUGAUGAUUUGCGGCCAUCUUAUAUUAUUUCUACAAAGAGAAAUUUAGUCGUUGAGAAACAAAUAUUUGCUGAUGGAUCAUCCAUGGUGUUGCCCUAUUGUAAUGGAGUCAAAGGUGAUGAGACUCCAAGGAACUGUAAAGCAUCUCCUAAAGCAAUUACUCCUUUAAAGAAAACUUCCAUGAACAGUGAUGCUAGCUUAGACAUUAGACAACCCCUUGAAAGUGACUUGCAUGUUGGAAUGAAUAUGUAUUGGCUUAAUACAGGUGAAAGUGGAUUGAAGUCUGGGAUGCAGGCAACCUUUUCUGAUAAGCAAGGAAAAACUGAGUCAUCAUCUUCAAAUUCAUCACACAUCAUUCUUCCUGCUUCUUCAAAUGAUAGCUGUCAGGAAACAUCAUUCGAUAUCCACUCAUGUAAGCUUAUCAAAAUCAAUGGUAGGGAUUCUUCCAGUUGCACUGAUUUCAAGAGUAAUGUUAAAGGGCCAGCAACUGGAAACUUACAACCUGGUUUUGUGGUAUGUAAUCCUGAAGAGAAGCUGGAAAACACUAUUUCACCUGGAAAACAGUGCAAUUUGGGUAAAGUUACUGAAACCCUUGACAGUGUUAGAACAAGUAGCGAUAAUGUGGCAGGCAUAAGUUCAGACAACUAUGUUACAAUGGAGAAUAUUGAUAGUUUGAAUUCUGAUAGUUUUAAGAAAGAAAAGACUGAGAAAGGGGCUCAUGGUAAAGCAGCCCAUGAGGAUGCCGUGGGGGUGCCUCCAAGAGUUGCAAAAGAGGUGGAUCAAGAGUUUGAGGCAACAGGAAGCUCUUCUUCUGUGGAAGGAAGAAACAACGACAUGAUUCGUAGGAGCUUUAUUGAUUCAGUAGAUUCAAAUAGGAAAAGCUGCUUAUCAGAAACUGUAUCUGUAAUCCAGCAGUGCAAAAGUCAAGAUAAAUCAUUCACCUUUUGUUCCCUUAAACGGGUGUUAGAAACAAGAACAAUGACAAGAAAUGAAAGCUUGUGCUCUGAGGUGAAAGAACCAUUACCGGACAUGGGUUGUAAAGUGAUUCAUGAAGUUAGUGAUGGUCCUCAUGGACAGGAAUUGUCAUAUCGAACCAUGAAAGCUGUAGGUUUAAUGUCCCAUAAUCAUAUUGGGCAUCUCUCCCGAAUUGAUCUUAAUGAAGAUGUCAUGGAACAUGGUGUGGACUAUGCUGAACAAUUUGGGAAAGAAACUCUACGUGAUCCUGCGAGAAAUGUGUCGAAGCCAAAACCAGUGGUAGCUAAAUCUGGAGUUCCUUUAUACGUUCCACGGCCCAAAGUACAGAAAGAAUUGGAACUAGGUGGUUGGAGGGGGUCUGCUGCAAAUAGUGCUUUCCGACCAACUUCAAUUACCCAGAAAUGCAUUGAAUAUAAUAAGGCAUCAUCCACCAAUGAUGAGAAAGAGUAUGAAAAACAAUCCUUCGAUAAUAGUAUUGACCUCAAUGUUGCAGCUACAGGAGUUGAUUUUGAUGUUGACUCCUUCCAUGAUAAACCUUCUCUGGCAGAGUCAAGCUUCCCUUCAAAUAUGGAAGUGGGAUCAAGGCAAGCAAGAACAUUAGAUUUUGAUCUCAAUUGUGUUGAUGGAAAUGAUGACCCUCAUCAAUCAUCUCUUGCAACUUCCUUAUCUGUAAGAAAUUUUGAUUUGAAUGACAACCCAACUUCUGUGGAUAGUCCCAGCUUCAUUCUCAAUCCAGCUUCAUUCUCAAGACACUUUAAUCAAGCUAACAAAACUUUCAGAAGCAGGGGAUCGGAUAGUCCUCCAGUUUCGUCUGUGGAAAAUCCAAAGCAGCAAGAUUUUAGAAGUCUUAGAUCCACUUAUUCUGCAGAUUUGAGUUCUAUGACAGGCUUUGUCCCUGGUCACGUUCAACCAUUUCUGGUUGCAACACCUCAUAUGCUUCCAUCCAACGAACAACUGCAGAGGAUCACUUUCCUGCAACCGCAGUUGGCUUAUGCACAACAGCCACCCCAUGCCUUCCGGGUUGACCAAAAAGACAUCUUAUCUUCAACUGCAGGCACUCAUAAUGUCAUUCCAUACAUGAUAGAUCCUCAUUCAACUACCAUCCUAUCACAAGUACUAGGCUCUGGUGGGUUCCCUGCCUUUCCUGGUGGCCCACAAUGUUUCCAGGUUUCUCAUGGAUCAGGCCCCAGCAACAUAGAAAUGACAAGGCCUAAUAGUAUUGAUAUAUACAAUGGAAUGAAUAAUGGUCUGGAGAAUAUGACCAGGGGAACAAAUGGUGGCCAACUUUAUAUGCCAUCAAGUAAUUCAGCAUCGGAAGAACAGAUGAAGAGUUUCCAGCAAGUUGGCCUCUUUCCCACAGGAAUGAAGAGGCGGGAACCAGAAGGGGGAUGGGAUUCUUCUCAGCUUAGCUUUAGACAGAUGACUUGGCGCUAAGGUUUCUCCAUGGCCUUAAUAAUCUUGUUUUUGCAGAUUGCCAGUCAAAACUAUUUAUUAAGCUGUAGUUUACAUCUGAUUCUCAUAGUUACAGUUGUUUAACCUUACUACCUUAGUUAAGAGAGCAAGAAAGCAUCAUAAGUAAUGGGGUUGAGUAUGAUAUGUUUUGACGUAUGAUUCUUUUGCAUUAUCUAAUUCUCGGUUCUUAUAGGAAAGGCUUCUGUACAUGUCAGUUUUUUAUUUAGUGAAUGUAAAUCACUUUGGUUAGAUAGUUUUUAUCUUCCACUAAAAGUAGUCGUGGAUGUUUUAACGA